UAGAAUCUUACGAAUUUCGUCUGCCCUGCUUCUCUAUUAUGGAGCCAUUGUUUGAGCUAAUUAUCCGCCUUCGGCCGCGCCUUGUGGAUGACAAUCUUACCACAACCUCGUCACCUGAGGCUUCAGAGACCGACAACGAAUAUAUGAGCGAUGAUGAACAAAAUCCCCGGAGACAGGCAGGAAAUAUUACUUCUCAGUCUGGUACCAACCAACAGUCCUCCAUUCAAACUACCCUUAGAGAUGAUUUGGUGAUACGCACCAACCCAGCUACCGCAUCGCCGUCCUCUAAGUCGACAAGCUUUCGUCGACCGACACACUUAUCAAAUAUCUUCCCGAUACUAUUCCAGACUAGGGCUUGGAACCAGACAUCUUAUACCUGUAUUCAUUGUAAGAUGCUGGCAAGAUGGAUAUAUACAACCACUCAAUGCCCUCGAACGGACCUUCGAACGUCUGAAUUCGACGAUAUGAAUCUAGUAGAUACUAUAGCGCUUGAGGCCUCAAGAGGCUGUGGAAACUGCCAGUUUAUGCUAGGCUGCCUUCGACAAGCGGUUUUCAGCCCUGACAGUUCUAAAACGGCGCGUUUCCCACAUCGAUAUCGACUGAUGCUCUACGACGAAGGCAUUCAAGAAGAGUGCCUAUUGAAACUGGAGUCAGUAUAUGAGAUUAUGGGCUGGUCAUAUAGUUUGGCAAGCUGCUCCCUUGUGGUCUGUAAUGCCGAUGGAUACGACAACACGAAACUGAGCAAACAUAUUAACAAAGAUCCAAGGUCGGCGAAGUCUGUCUCACUUGUUUCACAGUGGUUGGGAGAAUGUCAAAAUCAUGAAAAUUGUCCGCCUCAAACCGAGCAACCCCUCCCAACGAGGGUAAUCAAUAUUCCGGACAUGCCAGGGACGAAUCUAUCUCUAUGGACCACAUAUGGGAUACCCGGGAAGUACAUCGCAUUUAGUCACUGCUGGGGAGGGUUAGUACCAGUAACAACAACUAUCGACACAAUCAAAGCUCAUGAAAGCGAAAUCGUCUUGACAAAUUUACCACGAAGCUUCCGAGAUGCAAUCGAUAUCGCCCAAAUGCUAGGAUUCAAGUAUCUAUGGAUCGAUUCCCUUUGCAUUAUUCAAGAUUCUGUUCAAGAUUGGGCAAGCGAAUGUUCUAAGAUGGCAGCAGUAUACGCAAAUGCGACACUUGUGAUUGGUGCUGUUGCCGCGGCAGAUAGUACUCAAGGUUUUCUAAAUCCCAGAAACUUCCUUCAAGGCCCCCCGCUAGGCGACGUGAGCAAAUAUUUCCUGCAGGAGAAGAUCACGUCUAGGAAGGAUCAGACAAUCUCACCUCUCUUCUCCCGGGCCUGGGCGUACCAGGAGGCACUUCUCGCUCCGCGCCUUUUGCUGUAUGGCAGUAGUCGAAUGUCUUGGGAGUGUCGCCACGGCAUUAAAGAUGAAGGGGCCAACAUUGUUGUAUCGUCCAAUACCAGCUGUUCGAAGAAGCAGUUUUAUCGGAUCAUCGAUUCAACCCUGCCUACUUCGAGCAUACAGAUCGAUCCGAAGGGCGAGCAACCGACGAGAGCCGACCAUUCUUCUUCGCUAUUGAUCAACAGUGUCUGCAAUCGACUGAACACAUGGUGCGGAUGCGUAGAAGACUAUAGCCUCAGGCAAUUGACUCGCGCAUCCGACAAGCUACCCGCAUUAUCUGGGUUAGCAUAUAAAAUCCAUGACCCCGCAAUGGGCGAAUACCUUGCAGGAAUCUGGUCGAAAGACCUGGGUACUGGUCUCUUCUGGGCUCGCCAUACUGCCAGAGAAGAACUCUACAGCCGACCCUUCUUCAAAUGUCGCGAUUAUCGAGCUCCAUCCUGGUCAUGGGCAUCAUGCGAAGGACCAGUGAACUUCCGAGUGGAGCAUAAUGCUUCCUCACGGCCAGCAAUUGCUACUGAUGCUGCAUUUGCUAGUGAUGUGUGGAAGGAGCGAUAUGCCCCUAAGCUCGUGGAUUACAAAAUGCUUUUGGCUACAUCAGACAAGUAUGGGCAGGUCUUGGAAGGCUCCUAUAUCACCCUCGAAGGUUUCUCGAAAAAAAUGUACCCAUAUAACCUAGCGCCUAAAUGUCCAAAGAAAGAAACAGAUUACUGGCCUUCUCCAUACCCGAUUUUAGCCGAGUACGACGGCUCAUUUACGAUCCGACUCGAUCAUCUCUCAGGAUUGCAGGAGAAGUAUACUUGGUUCGGCACUGAGACCACACCUGGGUCACGGCUUCUAUUACUUCUAUCGGCAUCUAGAUGCUUGAUUUUGAAAUACGUUGGGAACGAUAGCUGGGAGAGAGAUGGGUGCUGCGUCUUGCCGAGUGAGGAAUGUCCGUUAAAUAAUAGUUACUCCAGCUGGGAAAAGUCGAAGUUCAAAUUGGUUUGAGUUCAAACAAAACAAUAAUUUAGUUUAUUAUAUAACUUAGUGUUAACUAAAUAAAUUAAGAUAUAGCAAUCAGAGAGAGGGUACUUCUACAGGAGCGGCAGUAGCAGUAGCUAUAAGCGCACUGCCGCUUUCUAUAUGAUAGGUUGUAGAAGUGCGAAUGCUGAUGCAAAGGAAAAGGCCAUUCCUUUAGCGAUGACGGGAGGCGGAGGAGGGGAAGGGAGGUUCAAGCAAUAUAGAGAUUGAAAU